AUGGCACGAUACAAGAACACCUCAAGUGAUAGCGAAGAGGAGAGUAACGUGUCAAGCUCCGGUCGACAGCGUGGGCCACGCGAUCUUCGUAUAGAGGCAACUAGCUCAGCUAGAACAACCCCUCCGCGUUUUGAUGAAGCCGAAAACACACAAGCUGAGAAGGCGAAGCCCGUAUCAUGGCGUUCACUCCCCCGCAAGGACCAACUACUCGUUAUCACUCUAGCACGACUGUCCGAGCCCUUGACACAAACGUCCCUUGGCUCGUACCUUUUCUAUCAACUCCAAUCCUUCGAUCCAUCUUUGCCAGACUCGACAAUAUCGUACCAGGCUGGCAUCAUACAAGCUGCCUUUCCGGCAACUCAAUUUCUCACCGCAAUUCUGUGGGGCAAAUUUGCAGACUCACCUCAAGGUGGCAGGAAAAGAGUCAUUUAUAUCGGUCUUCUAGGGACGAUGCUCAGUAUUAUCGGCUUCGGUUUCUCACACAGCUUUCCUAUGGCUGUGGCUUGCAGAUGUCUGGGUGGAGUUCUGAACGGAAAUAUUGGCGUCAUGAGAACGAUGAUCAGCGAGAUUAUCAAGGUGAAGAAAUUCCAGAGCAGAGCUUUUCUGAUCUUACCGAUAACGUUCAAUAUCGGGGUUAUCGUCGGACCCGUACUUGGCUCAAUACUAGGUGGAAAGCAUGGAGUGCAGUGGAUGAUCAGAUGGCCGUACGCAUUGCCCAAUCUGAUGAGCGCCGUGUUUCUCCUCGUCUCAGCGUUGGCUGUGAUCUUCUUUCUAGAAGAAACUAGCGAGCUUUGCAAAGACAAUCCUGAUCAUGGUCUACGCAUAGGUCGAUGGAUAUCUCGACAUAUUUUUCGCCAGCACGUUGUAUCCAACGCCGGAUACACAGCCGUUCUAGAGGAUGAGUGGGCUGCCUCUAGCAGUCUCGAGCUCCAGCCAACACCAACGACCGCACGUCCAGAUACAAGCACACUUUCCGAUAAAUCCACUCAGAUGCUGCGGCAAAAGCUUCCUUUCCGCCAUAUCUGGACCCGUAACCUCAUCAUCACGCUCUUCGCGCAUGGUCUGCUCGCCAUGCACGUUGGUGGUUUCAAUGCACUAUGGUUCAUAUAUCUUUCGACACCACGCUAUGAUCCUUCGAAUCCCCACCCUCCUGGCUUCAAGCCUCACGGUUUCUUCCACUUCACUGGUGGCCUGGCCCUCCCACCACCACGCAUCGGGCUCGCACUCGCAAUUCUUGGGGUCAUAGGUAUAUCACUACAACUCUUCAUAUACCCAAAUCUCUCCCAUCGUCUGGGAACCGCGAAUAGCUAUCGUAUCUUCCUCGCACUUUUCCCAUUCACGUACGCGCUCGCUCCGUUCUUGAGCCGCGUACCAAGCUGGAGUUCCCCACCGGAUGGCGUCAGUGGACCGUUCGUCUGGGCCGCCAUCAUCGUGGUUCUUUUCAUACAGGUCUUAGGCCGCACCUUCGCACUUCCGUGCACAGCUAUCCUGAUCAACAAUGUCAGUCCUCACCCUUCGGUUCUGGGCACUGUACACGGGAUUGGCCAAUCUGUUUCCAGCCUUACGAGAACGAUCGGCCCGGUCUUGUUUUCUUGGGUGUUUGGACGGGGUCUGGAUAUGGGUGUUGUUGGCAUGGCGUGGUGGUUGAUGACAGGUGUUGCGAUUGUGGGGUGGGUGGUCGCGCAGGGGGUGAGGGAGGGAGAUGGACAUGAAAUUCUGCUUGAGGGUGAGGUUAGAGGGAGUGAUGGGGAGGUCAGAAGAGAGACUUAG